AUGGCAACAAGCGUACUGUGCGACAAGAAAGUCUCUGUUCGACUGAAGUCGAAGAUCUACAGUGGUUUCGCGUUCUGUUGCCCUUUACGGAUGCGAGUGCUGGCUGACGACGAAAGCCUUGGAAAGAGGGUUGCACGCUAUGGAGAUGUGGAUGUUGAGGUGGAAGAUAUGUGUAACGCUAAAAGACAAAGUAUCCAAAGACAAUUGAGAGGAAAAUUCCGUUGCCAAAACUGCUCUGAAGCUCGACGUUUCAGGCGUGAGGCCGCGCGGGAGGCCAAAGAUUCGCUAGUAGGACCGUGUGAAGCUGGAUAUGAUAGAUGCGCCUGGCUUUCGUACUGGCCGAUUAACGAGGCGUCACAUGCCCGCUUCAUUGUCAACGCGCUUCGCGCUGAUGAAGUACCAGGAAAGUUCGUUCGUCUACUUUAUGACAUGAAUCAGCGAACAACUGCUGCAUCUUCGAACACCGCCGGGUGUACAACACCGUUUGAGGUGGUAACUAGAGUAAGACAAGGGGCAGUCACAGGACCUUCCCUGUUCAACUUCGCCAUCAAUGACAUCAUGCGAAGAAAAGUCUAUCAGUAUCCUGUCGAUAUCGUCUUAACACUAUCAGGGUGCCCCUUGACCGAUCUCGAAUACCCCGACGAUGUUGUUAUAUUCGGAGAAAGCAGUGCGAAAACGCAAACAUGUUGUCAACCUUGUAUCGGAGUUAGCUACAGCUUAUGA